GAUGAUGUGGGUAUUUACUCAAGACAGCAAAUCUGAAUCAGGUAUUUUGAGAUUAUUUCUAGAUCCUGUUGUUUCUUCAGUUUGAUUUCGAACUGAUUGCAUGCUCUGAUCUUCCCUUUUUUGGGAGUUUUAUCACUUCACUUCUCUGUGUCAGAGGAAUUUUGUUCUGACACCGGAACAAAAGUUCGGUUCUUUCAGAGGUUACUGGGUGUUUUCAGAUUUGGGUGUGGCUUGUGUGUUACUGAAAUGAAUUCUGUUUAAAGACGUGUUGUUGAAAUUGUUUUCUGUAGAUUUAAAUUCAGAAGAUUUUGUGAAAAUUCUAGCUGUUCUUUCAGUAGAGACGUAUUGGAAGAGAAGUAAGACAUGCAUAUAGAUCUGUAGAGCUGAAGGUUUUCUGUGCACUACAGAUGAUGUAGGUAUUUGUAAAUUGUGAUAUUUUUGUUUGGAAGAGAUUAUAAUGGAACAAUUCCAAGGGCAAAACUCAACUCCUCCGUCCGGGUCGAUUGAUAAAUCCAGGGUUUUGGAAAUAAAGCCAUUGCGGUGUCUAGUUCCAAUUUUCCCCUCUCAACCAAAUUCUACGUCAUUCAAUACCCCUCAGGGUGCUGCCCCCUUUGUUUGUUCAAGCCCAUCUGGUCCUUUCCCUCCCGGGGCUGCACCUUUCUACCCGUUUUUUGGUGUUCCGGGGUCUCAAGGGCCCCAUGGACACAAUCCUCAAACUACACCCAGUCAAACUCCACCUUUUCGCUUCAACACACCAGUGUCGGAUGCAGUGCCCAUCAAUUCUUUUCGGGCUGGAGAUACAACACCAUCUAGGAAGGUUACCAGGAGAAAUGCUAAAUCACAACCUCAAGAUGGUGUUGCAGGGGAAGCUGAUACAGAUGCAGAGGGGGUAAACACUAGAUUGCGGAAGAAGGGUUCUAUGGAUCCAGAAGUGGAUAAUAUUCUCACAUCUUUGAAUAUCAUUACACUUGAUCCAGCUAGGCAAAAUGAUGGUGACAAGGACUCAGUUGAAUAUGCACUACUGAUAUUUGAUUUACUACGAAGGAAGAUUGCACAGAUUGAAGACUCGAAGGGAUCAUCACCUGGAAUAAUCAAACGCCCUGACCUAAAAGCUGGUACAAUCUUGAUGACAAAAAAUAGUCGGACAAAUGCUACGAAAAGAAUGGGAUCUGUGCCUGGAGUUGAAAUUGGGGAUAUUUUCUUUUUCAGGUUUGAGCUUUGCUUGGUGGGAUUGCAUUCACCAUCAAUGGCUGGAAUUGAUUAUCUUAGGGUGAAUCUAGAAGAAGAGCCUGUAGCUGUCAGCAUUGUUUCAUCUGGAGGAUAUGAGGAUGAUGUAGAGGAUGGGAAUGUUUUAAUAUACAGUGGUCAAGGUGGGAAUCUAAAUAUAGAUCAGAAGCUUGAAAGGGGUAAUCUUGCUUUGAAGAAUAGCUUGGAAAGGGGUAAAGAAGUAAGAGUAAUCAGGGGUGUGAAGGAUGUAGCAAAUCCUUCUGGGAAAGUUUAUGUCUACGAUGGUCUUUAUAAAGUUGAGGAGUCAUGGGUUGAAAAAGGAAAAGGUGGUUGCAAUGUGUUUAAGUUUAAAUUAAUUAGGCUCCGUGGCCAGCCUGAAGCAUUCACGAUGUGGAAAUUGAUUCAGCAAUGGAAAGAUGCCAUCUCUUCAAGAAUUGGGGUUAUACUGCCUGAUCUUACUUCUGGGGCAGAGAGUUUACCUGUUUCUCUGGUUAAUGAUGUUGAUAGUGAGAAGGGCCCAGAAUACUUCACAUAUGUUCCCACUAUCAAGUAUUCAAAAGAAGCAAAUUCAACAGAUUUUUCUAGUGGCUGUGCCUGUGCUGGUGGUUGUCUGCCUGGUAAUCAGAACUGUGAUUGCAUUCAGAAAAAUGGAGGCUAUCUUCCGUAUGUUGCAAACGGGGUUGUUGCAAAUGCUGGGCAAUUAAUUUAUGAGUGUGGACCUUCCUGUCUGUGCCCUCCUAAUUGCAAGAAUCGAGUAUCCCAAGGAGGCUUGAAAGUUCGCUUAGAAGUUUUUAGAACUAAGGAUAAGGGUUGGGGUUUGCGGUCCUGGGACCCCAUCCGAGGCGGAGCUUAUAUAUGUGAAUAUGCAGGGGAAGCCAUUGAUAAUUCUAACAUAGAGGCGCUAGACAGGGACAUGGAUGAUUACCUUUUUGAUGCUACCCGCUCUUGUCCUCCAAUCCUUCCCAGUGAUUCCAGUGAGGAUAUGAAGAUGCCAUUUCCUUUAGCUAUUAAUGCGAAGAAUGUUGGGAAUGUAGCUCGUUUUAUGAACCACAGUUGCUCUCCAAAUGUAAUCUGGCAGCCGGUUUUACGCACAAACAAUAAGGAGCCCGAUCUCCAUGUUGUGUUUCAUGCCAUUAGACACAUCCCUCCAAUGACUGAGUUAACCUAUGAUUAUGGCAUGCUCCCACCUGAAAAAAUGGGCAGGAGGAAGAAACUUUGCUUAUGCGGGUCUUCAAAGUGCAGAGGAUUUUUUGCAAUUUGACCCUCGGAGGGAAGAUGUCUCCUAGCUGGCAUGUAGUGAAAGAGCUUCAACGUAACCUGGUGAAUCCAUGUCAAUUUUCCGAAUUUAUUUCCUAGGAGGGUUUUUAUAUUCAAGGCUGUGCAGACUGUAACAUCAAGUACUCUUUUGGUAACUGUAGUAGAAAGGCACCUGGAAGGUUAUGAUCUUCCAGCUAACCUUCCAGCAUUGUCAUGUACUAGAAGUCAUGUUGUAACGGUAGCUGUUGUACGAUCAACUUUGCUUCUCUCUUGUAGAUUAAUGCAGAUCUGUCAAGUUGAAUAAUUAGCUGCUUGUAAUGGUGAAAAUUAUGCAUCCUUUUAUUUGUUUUGCUUCUGAUUUUCACUAUACUGUGGUGGGCCUGUUUCUUUGUCAAAACAAUGGAGAAUUUGUUAUUUA